AUGACAUCCUAUUUUAUGGAGAAGCUCGGGCAGCACGGCAAAGGGAGCAUGGCGCCAGAAGAGUGUGUAUUUUGUGAUAUUGUAGCACGACGGCAGCAAGCAUUCAUUGUUUACGAGGAUGCCUCGACGAUGGCGUUCUUGGAUGUUUUGCCCAUUCGGCCAGUCAUCCCUAAGAUGCACGUCGCACACAUCACGCAACUGGAAUCUGUACAGGCAGCCGAUCUUAUGCAAAGUAUUGUACGGGUUGCGCGGGCUAUGGAGAAGGCCUUUCGCAUGCCAGGCUUGCAGGUCGGUGGUAAUCAAGUCUAUGGCCAAGUUGUCGAUCAUGUGCAUUUCCAUAUUGUCCCUGCACCACCGGAGUCAUCAUCGCCGCUAUAUAAAUGGAAACGCGAGCCUCCCAAAAUGGUGAUUCCGGGGCAUCGCGAUCAGUUAAGCGAUGAAGAAGGCGAGGAACUGUGUGCGCUCUUGCGUAACGCAGUACAACCAUCUUCGCAUUUGUAA